AUGGCAUGCAACGACGAGGUGACUGUCCUGGAAAGACAGCUUCCUACAGGAAUAGACGCAAGUCAGACAGCCACACGAGGCGAUGAGACAAAUCUAUACGCUCAAAUCGAUCGUGAUAAAGUAUUCGGAUUAAAUCUAUCCGAUCCUGCUGUUGCUUCGCAUUGUAUAAAACCAUGGGAUAAAAGGACGGAUUUGGAAAAUUAUACAGAAAGUGGGGUAGACGAUCAAUUCAUUAUCACAAUCCCGUUCAUCGCACCUGUUCGUAUUAAAUCAAUCUUGGUAAACGUUGGUCGUGGCGAUUUUGCACCACAAAGACUAAGAGCUUUUGUUAAUCGACCAAACGGAAUCGAUUUUGAAGAUCUUGAACAGAGUAUCGCAGGUGAUGCAAGAGGCGCUGUGGGACCGGCAAGCAGUGGUAAACCACAAGCAGACUUUACACUACAAGAAGACUCGAUAGGCGUGAACGAAUAUCCGGUCAGCAUUAGCCGUUUUCAAAAUACAAACAGUGUCAGUCUAGUAUUUUCUGACGCUCCUUCACAAAGCCUUUCAAGACUAUACUAUCUCGGCUUCCGCGGCACUGCUUUGCAACUGCAAAAGGAAGCAGGUGAACAAUUUGAUGUUCCUGCCGCCAAUGCAGCAGAUAAACCAGUUGAUGGAAUACGAGAAAAGAGUUCACAGGCAAAUUGGGCCAGAUGA